UACUGGAUUUACUAGAAAAGUUUAGUAACAACAAAAUUUUGUACAUAAUUCUUUCUGAAAAGGAAGUUAUUUAGAGCUAAGUUAGUUAAGGUACCUUCUAGAAGAUUUGUGGUAUGAAUGGACUUUCCAAACAGUUGUGUUUAAAUUAGUGAAUGUAAAAUUUCGUUCGUGAUUUUCUGAUACAAGCUUGCCGUGCUUCUACGAUGGACAUUUGCCGGACCUGCGGCAAACUGCCUGCCGAUCAGCAACAACUUGCGCAAUCUUUGCAGAACUUUUCCGAUAUUUAUUUUAAUUUGACAUCCAUUAAGAUUCUACCGGAGGAAAAUCCGGACAGAUUAAAAAUUUGCGAUGAAUGCCAUACAAAGUUACUAGAGUACAAUCGUUUCCGGACCGUUUGUUUACAGGUUCACUAUAAGCUAUCCGUUGUGAAAGAGGAAAAAGAUUCAGACCAUUUGACUGCAGAGGAAUGUGAUCCAGUCAUAGGAACGCUGAAGGUGGAAUGCCUGGAACUGUCGGAAGAAGUUACUCCGCCCACGGAUGACUCUGGAGAUGAUGUAAUAGCGACCGUCGAAAAACAAGAAGCCGAUCCCCAAUACACUUCCCCGUCGGAUAACGACGGCUCUAGUUCCGACAAAUCGGACACAGUCAAAUCCAGGACCAGGAGGAAGCGAAAGACAAAAUCGAAGAAGCUUCCAAAGCCCCCCGCCCAUAUCAAAGAACCGCUGAUCGAAUGUAAGCUCUGCGAUAAGAAGUUCCGGUCCGAGGUUCGAUAUCAGGGUCACCUGCGAACCCAUCAAGGGCUGAAGCCUGCUCUCUGCACUUACUGUGGCAAAGAUUUUCAAAAAUACAUAAGUCUGAAGUUUCACAUCCGGCAGAAGCAUUCGGAUGAGCAGAUGAAGUUUCCUUGCGAUUUCCCGGGCUGUGAGCUGGUGUACUCGAGCAAGCAGUCCAUGUCGAAGCAUCGCAAACGGCACGAUCCUAACUUUGUAAUGCCCGAGCCGAAACAUAGCGUUUGCGAUCAGUGUGGCAAAACGUUUUCCACUACCGGGGCGUUGAAGAAACAUAGUUAUAUUCAUACCGGCGAUAUGCCGUUCGAGUGCAGCUUGUGCAAAAAGAAGCUUCCUACGGCCCACAAGCUUAAAGAGCACACCAUGAGACACGAGGGAAUUAAAAACCACGUUUGCCCGUACUGCGGUCAAAAGAAGACAACUCGUCACGAGUUGAAGGUUCAUAUGAACUAUCACACACGCGAGAAGCAAUUCACUUGUCAUGUGUGCGCUCAAGUUUUCUCAAAUAUUGGUAACAUGAGUCGGCAUAUCAAAAUCGUUCACUGCGGUAUCAAGGCCUAUCCGUGUACCUACUGUGAUCGAUCCUUUGGAAAGGCGGAAACGCUGAAGCAUCACGUAAUGACUCACACUGGGGAGAAGCCACACGAGUGUAAAGUUUGUGGCAAACGCUUUAUCCAGCAGGUGGCACUGCAGACGCAUAUGAAAACUCACAGGAAACAUGGACAGACAAUACCACCGCCGCCAGGUCCACCAGUGGUGGUUGCUCAGCUGGAGCAGGUUUCUCCCGCUCACCAUCAGCAACAACAGCAGCUGCAACAGUUGCAACAGCAUGUGCCCAUGAUGUUAUCCCAGGAACAGCAAAACUCUCAGCAUUCGUCGACGGAUGCCGCUUCCCCUGUGUGUAUGGGUGAUUUUGUUCACUAACUUCGACGUUGCCGUUUUGUUCCAGGAUUGGAGACAAACAAGAAAACUCUUUCAAGAUUGCUGUUUAGCCCUUUCGGCUUUGUUUUUGUAACCAGGCCGAAAACUUCCCGCAACGCUGUUGCUUGUAAAUAAUGCUUCAUGUUGGUCACAUGAAUUGAUAUGGAAACGGCAAGGAAUUAAGGAACAAAACAACAAACCUUUUGAAAGUUGCUGCACGCAUUUUGUGUCUAGAUAAGUAUAUCUAAUUUGUGAAACAAUUAUCCAUUUUUAAAAAUUAUCGUGUCCACUUCGUUUCUAACUGUGUUUUGUUCUUACCUUAAAAUUAUUUAAAUUAUGUAU